GCUCGCCGCCUGCGCCGCCCCCUCCCGCGCAUGCGCGGGCCCGCCCAACCGUCCCUGCGCGGCGCAGUUUGAACCCGUGAGGGGAGCGCGGCCGCCAUGGACAGGCGGCUCUCCCGCAUCCCCGUGCACACCCGGCUCCACCGCCCCGAGCCGUCCGCAGAAUUGCAAAUGAAUUUUCCUUCAAAGAGAAAAUGUGUCAGCAAAACAUCAGAGCCAGAGCUCAGCGCGGUUCCCAGUCUUCACUUUGCCUCAAACGUUCCAGCAGACAGUGUCUUCAAGCCUGCAAACCAAGGGUUGCCUAAGUCUGAGAAGAGAGUGGAACCAGUUUCAAAGAAGACAGUGGCCAGACGCCCUCUCAGCAGAUACCAACUAGAAGCAGAGCUGAAAAACAAGAAUCAGUUGGUGGAAACACUCAAACAACAACUAGCAAGAGGAGAGGGCACUCUCAAGUCAAGGGAGUUAAAGAAGGAGAACGAGAGGUUGGUCCAUGAAGUUGAGAAGCUCAAGAAAAUUCAGGAGACUUGCAUGACAAUUUUAGAAAGCAGAAACAUCAAUCCUGGUAGCCACAUAGAGGAGGAAGAAGAGACGCGUGCUUGCCGGGAAAAGACAACAAUGCUAACUAAGAAGGUCACGGAAGAAUUGAUGCUAUUUUGUCACAGAGUUGCAAAAGAGAAGGAGAUGCUUGAGACAGCCAUGGCCAGGUGGAAAUCAGCACAAGAGGAGAGCCAGCAUGCCCUGGAGAAGCACUCCUACUUCCAAGCUCAAAUUAAGGAAUGGAAAGCCGUACUUGAAGCGCUGGGGAAGCUCCUGGCAAUGUGAGGCACGAGGAUGGACUGGGACUUGUG